AUGUUUUUGAUUUAUACAGCGUUUGCUACUGCUGUUGGUAAUAUGCCAAUAUUAUCAACAACAUGUGGCGAAGGUAAAAUUUAUGAUCCUUUCAAUUAUAGCUGCGAAGAUUGCCCUUCUGGCUCAUCAUAUAAUUCAACUACACAAACAUGCGAAUAUUCCAGUUGUGAAGACGGAUAUGAUCGUUAUGAAUCUGCCUGCAUCAAAACAGACACAUAUGAACGCAUAUAUACAACAAUUGCGAACCAAGAAACUGAUUUAUUGACAUUUACUAAUCCAAAAACAACAGACACAUCAACAACAGUUCUAAAUCUCCAAUACUCAGAUGAAACAUUCAAAAAAAUACUCUAUUAUGGUGUAAUUGCAAAAUCAUCGCCAUAUGAUGUCAAAGCUAAAGAAUUUUUCGCCAAUCUUUGUACAGCUAACCAUUUCAAGCCAGAUUCCGCUGUUUGCAAUCUUUUUAGAUUUGGAUGCAAUGAAACUGGCGAUUCUCAGUAUGGCUACGAAUACUGGCGUAAAGGUGUUCCGUUUUUGUAUUACAAUGGAACACAGAGUGAAAUUGUCGACGAAGACAUCUUUAAGAGCACUUAUCCUCCAAAACGCGAUAUUUCCAUUCAACUUGCUAGAUAUUCACCAGAUGGCGAUUUCCUUGGGUUCAAAGAGCUUACUAUCGACUUUGAACGCUGCAGUAUUAAGAAUUCUAACGCACAAAUUUGGAGAUCUUUUGGAUCUAAUCUUUACAACGAUUGCUACAUCAAUUUAUACGAAGAACUCAACAAAACAUCACAAGAAUUCUACGAGCCAUUCAUUGUUGAUAACACAGUUGAUGGAGAACAAGUUAUUCGCCCAUUACCUGCUUUAGACUUGAAUUACGCUUCAACAACAUCACAAUCAUUGAACAGACAAGACGAAAGAUACCACGUUCUUACACGCCGUUUCUUCCUUGCUGAGAAUUAUACAUCAAAUGAUUACAUUCAGUACUUAACAAACUUCACACUCGUAUUCGAGACACGUAUGAGAAACAAGACAUAUAUGUACGUUCCAUAUGUCGCUGUUGAUUACAUUCAAGUCUUGAAAUCGUCUCUCAAAGAAAGAUCUCCUUCAUUUAAGCCAUUAACCGAAGAAAUCUAUCAGCCACAUUACGAAUUUAAUGUCGAAUAUACAAUGGAUCUUUCAGAUUUCUGGAAUGGCGUUCUUGCAACGAUUAUUGUAUUUUUAUUCUUACUUGUCGUGGCAUUAGUUUGGAGAUUGAUCACUUUCUGCAAACGCCAUAACGCAGAGGGCCUUUCUUCAUAUAUAAUGCUUGGUUCUUUCGCUUAUAUCUUAGAUUACAUAUCAAAUUGGUUCUUUGUUUGCUUCUUCCUUAUUUCCACGUACUACUGGUUCUUCUACAAGCUCCAAUACAGCACUUUCUACUCCUUCCCGUACUCCAAAGAGUUUCCAUAUCUCAUUCCUUUCGUUUGGACAGCAUUUGUGGUCAAAUUCUUUGCUGUACUACUCAGAUUAUGGCAGAUUACCACAACAGACCUCUUCUUCAUCGAUUGGGAAACACCUCAUUCAGAUGAUAAAACUGUUUCUUCAUGGAGAAGGAUCACUGUUGCCAAGGAAUGGCUCAGGGUUACUCUUGUCCACUCAUACAGUAUUCCUUUCACAUUAAUUACCAUUGUUUUCAUACAAAAUGGUUUUAAUGUUGAUUUAAUUUCCCAAGCAAUACCAGAUACGUUGCUUAAAGACGUUGGCUUCUCACCUAUGGUACUCAGAGUUGGCUGGUUGACCUUCCUUUGGGUCAUACUAGGCUUCGUUCAGUGGAUUUGGUGCGAAUUCUUUUAUUGGCAUUUCGGAUCAGAUCCAUUCCUCAACGUUGUCGAUUUAUGUUCAACCUCCAACAUCUCCACAAUGGUUAUCGAGUCCCCGCAACACGGAUACUACGUCCACGGCCGUUGUGUCCAUGCUCAUGCUGAUGAGUCGAUGUUCAGACUGACAACGAACCUCGCGAAGGAAGCUUUGGGAGUUGCUUCAGGUCGUGGCUUGACACCUGAAGACAAAAGCCAAGUUUACGAGGUUUUCUAUGAAAAAUCUUUCCGAUUAAAGUUCAUAGAGGUUUUCUACUCAGUUAUGAACAACACAGGCUCUAAGCUAUUCAAGGUAAAUGCAUCUGAGAUACCACACGCAUGCAUUGACGCGUUUUCGGAAUUGAAUAAGUUAUUCACGAGGUUUUUCGACAUGUCACAGUCAGAACAUCGUGCAGAAGUACAACUAGAAGUACCUAUAACACAGUACGUCUUCGGUUUGUCUCCGAAGAUCGAGGACAGAUCAAUUCUUUCUAAAGAUGACGACAGAGAGUUCAGAAAGACAAUGAUUCACGGAGCACAGUGGUCUCUGUACAUUCUCGCAAUCAUUCUGUUCGUAGGAGUUGACAUGCACACUCACAACUCCAUGAUCGCUGCAUUUGUUGUUUUUAUUGUUGAUUUUCUUAUCACUUUCGUUUUCAAGAUGAGAGCACGCGCUAAAAUCGCUAAGAAUGCACUCAUCGACACUGAUUAUUUGAUGUAA